AUGCUAGCUGCCGAUAGACUCGAUACUUCCCAUAUCGAAAUCAAGCAGGCUGGCAAGGCUGGCUUCGGUUUGACACCUAUGACUGGAAUUCGUCGUGUCUCACCUGCGCUUGACGGAUUCCACGGAUGCCAGCCAAAAGUCAAGCGUAAAGAGCGAAGAGCAAAGAGGCACAAAGGGUCAGAAACAAGUCCGAACCAGCUGUGA